AUGGCUAUUUCAAACGAACAAAGCAAGAAUUUAAAAGAAAAUACAGUUGCUAAAAUGGAAACUACUAAUGUUACUGCCACUCAUCUGAAGGAAAAUUCUCAGAACAAAGAGGUUAACCAAACUAAAGAGACUACGAAGGUUGAUAUCAUUGAAAAGCAACUGAAUGGCACUGAACCCAACAAUACAGAAUCCAAACCAGAAAAUUCCGAUAAAGUAAACCAAGAGUUGGUAGAUGAGGCCCUGGAAUUAAGAGAUAGGCUAAAAUUGUUGGUUUCAUCGAUUUCAAAAGUAAAAAGAACCUGCGAAAAGUUGGAGCAUGAAAAUCAGAAUUUACAAGAUUAUGUUGGGUAUCUAAUGUCCUCUGGUAGUUUCAUUGCAAAUAAGUGA